AUGAUGCCGGCAAGCGAAGUUUGCCAGACGCCCUCGGGCGCGACUCUUCGGCCACUCGGAACGCAGCCAACAGCGACGAAGUCCUUUGAAACUCAGACGCAGGCGGCGACUCCGGCAUUUUUUCCUCCGGCCAUGCCCGUGGCUCCCGGAACGAAUGGAGUUCUUGGAGGCCCGUGGGCAGGCCAGGCCAUGUUCCCGCAGAUGCCGUGCAUGCCUGCCGGGCCUCUCGGUCCAUUUACGCAAAUCAAUCUCCCCGAAGGCGUAGACAUCUCUCAGAUGCACUCGAUGAAGGAAACCAUCAUUAACGAGGCGCCACCCUCUGAAGAGUUGCCCGUCCUGUACAGCCACUCGAUGGAGAUGCAGGGAGUGGUGCCGUCGGGGCCUCUCGUCCCCACGAAUGUCCGACCCCCGCAAAACAUAGUUGCCGCCGGUUUGGGCCCCGCAGAAGUCCCCCACAUGCUCACGGGUUCCCCUUUCUUCCACGCAGCGCCGUCCGCUCCCCAGUGCCCGCUGCUCAGCCCCGAGGCGCCUACCCUCGCGUACCUCCAGCCGAUUGUCCAGCAGAAGCAUAUGCAGAAGCUUUUGGAAGAGCAGAACAGGCAAAACUCGACCUUCGUGACUCCCCAACAGGAGAUCCAGCGCGUCAUGAACGUCGAGGCUCAGAAGCAAGCCAACGGCGUACGGAUGAUGCAGAAUCGAGUCCUCGCUCAGGAACCCACAGAGGGCUUCGGAGUCAUCACAGUCCCUGACGGAAAUGCGGAGAAGUACAACCAAAUGAUGAAGCAAAUGAAGCAGACGCUCGAGGCAACCGGACAGAUGACAGGCUCCAUUCCAAAGGGCAUUCGCCUUUACGAGAUGCUUCAGAACAACUUGCCGACGUGCAUGUCGGACUUUAUCACUUCGCGUAAUCGGCACGCAGAAGACGCGAUCAAACUUUGCCGCCACUGGAGAGGUUUGGAGCCUCUUGCUGAAAAGAAAGAAGCCGCGAAGACAGAGGAAGCCACCGAGGCGGGAGCUGAGAAGGAGCACGAACGCGCUGAUUCGGCAACCACCAUUCGCGACUCCUCCGUGGCUGCGUCUCAGGCGAGUGUGGAGAACUUCGAGAAACUUUCAGUGAAAGACUUGUGCGUCGUCGCUGCGCCACACCCUUCGGUUGUGCGCCAACUUCGCUGCGAGCAGAGUCUCCAGCAAACAGAGACUGUGGCUGCUUCUCAGCCACAGAACUCUCCCGAGACCCAUGCUGCAGGCACUGAGGUGCAAGGAGACAGCCAGGUGCCUCUGGAGCGCCUGCUGCAUGCGCAGAAUCAGAAAAUCAGCUACUUGGAGCAGUUGCUGGAACAGCAGCGAGUCUCGCAGUUCUACGCGGGCUACGAAAGCGCAUGCUCGGAGUUCUCUGCCUACCAGGGCACACGCAGCAGCUCUGCUUAUUCCGGUUCGAAUCUGGAUACCCGUAGCUUCUCGGAGAACGGGCAGGACGUUGAAGAGAAGUCAAGAGAGAGAGCAGUCGGAGCUGGGAGAGUUCCAAAUGCGCGAUACAGCAAGGGAGCGUCUGUCAAGAGCGCCACCCGAGCGUUCCGCGAAGACAGCGCAGGCGCGGCAAACGGCAAGGAAGUUGAUCUGGACGAAGUCCUUCGGCGGUUCGUCGAGGCGCGAUCUGCUGUGCCUCUCAGCCGCUGUCUGCGCCGCGUUCAGCGAGGAGUUUACAUCUUGGGAGACUUGAAAGUUCUCGUGAAGAAGUCGCACAACGGCGAGAUUCUCUGCAUGGCGCAACAUGACGUGUCUCGACAACGCAGCUCUCUCGGAGAGAACGGAAAGAAAUUCAUUUCCCUCGAACGCUUCUGGACGCAAAUGUGCAAGCACCUAGAGACUGCUCAGUAGAAAAAUAUGCAGGCUGCAGCGAGAGAGACGAGAGAAUGAGAUAUGAAAGAAGAGAGCCGAACCGGGACAAACGAGGACCGCGUUUUGACACUCCGAGAGAAAGAAGACAAACGGAGAUAACUGUGGCUGCGUCCUUGUCAUCGGGGAAGACCACCCGACAGCAGAGGGGGUGGGAGACUCCAGAGUUUGAGAGGUGGACAAGCCAGAGACUUCUGC